UAUGCGAUAGUCAAAGGUUUAUGUAAUGAGUCAUAUGCAUCUAAUAUACAUGUUUUUAUUCGUGAAAUGCUGCGAUAUUGAUGCAGGAUGAAUAAUCUGAAACCAAAUGGCUGCAAAGAAAACAUCUAGAGAGGCUGAAGACUUGGGAAAUCAUGGAAACAAAGUAGUGAAAUCAAAAAGGAGGUUGCGAGAUGAUUGUGAGAAAGAAUUGUCACAAGUAGAUUGCAAGUUAAAGGAGGUUCUUGCUAAGGAAUUAUCCGACUAUCUUGACAGAACUUUAGAAGAAGUGCAAGUCUGUGGAGGACUUCCAUGCAUUAAUUUUGUGGAAGAAGAUGAUUUUCAGUUGUUUUCAAGCCAUCGACAACCAAGUUCAACAGCAAUUGUUGAUGAAAAGCAAAAGUGCCUUAUCCAAGAUACUAGAGCUGAUAUGAGUGACAGUUCAAGCAGUGAAGAUGAUGAAACUACUGCAAGAUUGAAAGAAGCCGCAGUUUCUGCAAAAGAUAUUUUGGGAUUGACAUUCAAUUGUGACCAAAAAUCUGUGUGACUCCCAAAGCCAUAGCCAUAUACAUUCACCAAAAUGGGGAGUUUAUGAUAUAUACUAUA